GAAAGAGGGAAAGAUAGAAGACAAAUAUCAAACAUCAACAAGACCAAAAGACAACUCCCAACAUUCAAAGAAUCAUUAACCCAUCAAUCAUCCCCUCCACGAACUUUCAUAUUCAAAGAAUCAUUCUUGGGGGGUGGUUUUCUACUUUUCUUUUGGGCUUCAUUUCCUCAGCCAUUCUCAUCAAUUUCCCUCUAGAAACCUUCCCCCAAGUCAAACAUUGUUCAUACCCAUAUACAUAAACCUCUCCCCCUCAUUGGCAUCUAACACUGUUUUUUCUUUUCCAUGUUUCUUGUUGAGGUUGUAGUUGUGGGGUUAAAUUAUGAUGAUGAGCUAUGAUGGUUCAAGAGCAUGAGCACAACAGCCACAUCCAUGGUCUAAAGUCAAGAUUGGUCACUCAUAUCAAGGGUAUCCAUAUCCAUGACCAUUCAUCAUUAAGGCAUCAUCACGCCAACACCUCCAGCAUCGUCGACGAGAUCGAAACCACCGAUGAUUUAGAGGAUCAGAAUGUAGUAGCAACCAUAACCCAGCUUCCAGCAACACCAACAAAAAGCACCCAAGUUUCAGAGAAGAUCGAUCCUGUGAACAAAAUGGAUUCCAAAUCAACGCCUACUGGAGCCACGGAAAAGAGUGAGAUGGAGCAAAUGAAGGAGAAGUUUGCGAAGUUGCUUCUGGGAGAAGAUAUGUCCGGUGGAGGGAAAGGGGUUUCUUCUGCACUUGCAUUGUCAAAUGCCAUCACAAAUCUUGCAGCUUCGGUUUUCGGAGAACAAUGGAAACUAGAGCCGAUGUCUGCCCAGAGAAAAGCAAGGUGGAGGAGAGAAGUCGGAUGGUUGUUGUCUGUAACAGACCAUAUAGUUGAAUUCGUUGCCAAAAAGCAGGGCAACAUAGAGGAUUUUCGACAGGUUAUGGUUACGCAACAACGGAACGAUCUUCAUAUGAACAUCCCGGCCUUGAGAAAGCUCGAUGGAAUGCUGAUUGAUUGCCUUGACAACUUCAAGGAUCAAAGCGAGUUUACUUACGUCUCAAGAGACGCACCAGACUCGGAGAAAGGACCAAAGAGGAAAGAAGAGAAAUGGUGGCUACCAACUGCUAAAGUCCCCACCAAUGGCCUAUCAGACUCGGCAAGAAAGUUUCUGCAGUACCAGAAGGAUUGUGUGAACCAAGUCCUCAAAGCAGCAAUGGCAAUCAAUGCUCAGGUUCUUGCAGAAAUGGAGAUUCCUGAAAACUACAUCGAAUCCCUCCCAAAGAAUGGUAGAGCUAGCCUAGGAGACUCGAUCUACAAAAGUAUAACAGUCGAGUUCUUUGAUCCUGACCAAUUUUUGUCGACCAUGGACCUAUCAUCGGAGCAUAAAAUACUGGACCUCAAGAACAGGAUUGAGGCUUCCAUUGUGAUUUGGAAAAGGAAGAUGAUCCAGAAAGAUGGUAAAUCAGGAUGGGGUUCUGCUGUCAGCAUAGAGAAAAGAGAGCAGUUUGAAGACAGAGCUGAAACUAUACUCCUCAUCAUCAAACAAAGGUUCCCUGGAAUCCCUCAGUCUUCACUAGAGAUCAGCAAGAUUCAAGACAACAGGGUAAUAACUAAUAACUAACAAGCAAUUGCCUUUCUGAAAGUCAUAGGUAGGAUAGGAGUAAUUGUUUCUUUAAGUACUUUUGUUAGUCUUAAACUAACUGAAGUGGAUAUGUUUUGGGUGUGGACUUAACAGGAUGUAGGCUAUGCUAUCCUGGAGAGCUACUCAAGGAUCCUAGAGAGCUUGGCACACACAGUUCUAUCGCGUAUUGAAGAUGUACUAUACGCUGAUCAAGUUGCGAGAAGUCCAACAAAAGGUGGUAAGAAGAGAAGUCCACUGAUAUCAGGGACACCACCUUCGGAGGAUAGAGACAGAACAUCUGUGGAUGCACCCUUGGCAAUGACACUGUCGGACUUCAUGGGCUGGGAAGGCGAUCAAAAUGACAACGAUGACGACUUGAUAGAAGCGACAGAGGAGAUAUCGAAACAAGACUCGAAGCUAUCAGAGAAACUUGCUAGUGUAGAGACGAGAAAGACAUCGUAUCUUGAUAACUUGGUUGGUUCGAGAAGCCCAACAUCAAGGCACUAAGGAGAUGAAACACCAGAAAAGUAAGACUAUGGGGCACAAAUAGGAGAAAAGCCUGACAAAGAAAGAUAAACUUUCACUGUCAUUUUUGAGUUUACUAUGUCAUUUUUGUGAACUCUGUACAUAAGGAGAGCAUGGGAUGUAACAGUUUUAAAACCUAUGCUCUACUGCCAUUCUUUUUUCUUGUUACUAGAUCAACAUUCAAUUAGUAAGUGAAGUAUGUCAAUCUCUUUUACGAUUCAUUUCCUAUUCGGCUUGCAGUCGUACUUGUUCGGCAGCAGCUAAUCUUACAAACCCUUAUCAGAAUGCAAUGGAAUAACAGGCUGAAAUCACAUCUGGAACGAAUGUAAUUGAGGUUGAAACCGGCUUGUAAAGUAUACUUUUGGACAAACUUGCAUACUUCAUCUAAAUAGGGUACACAUAAACAUGGAUACAUACAACGAAGUUAGAUUUUGCCGCGAGGUCCAAGCUUUGGUGGCAGCUGAGGGCCCUUAACGAUCGGGAGAAUGUCGCCAGAGACUGUAGAACCCAAGUAAGCAAUGGUGGAACCACCUCCCAGUAUCAAGAACUUGAGCAACAAUCCUCUCUUGGUGAAUGGAGCAGCGAACGUCUCGAAGAACUUGCUCUGAAUGUUACAUCAAAACAAUUCAAAUACUAAGUCAGAGACACAAAAUCCUAUUAAGAAAACCAUGGUUUUGCUGAGCAAUCUAAUUAAGCAUCAUGUUGACAGCAAGCAUUUGGAUAUGAUGCAAUCCUAUGUUAAGAUAUGCAUUAGUUAUGGGAAAGCAUUAUCAGAUGGAAUUGGUGAGAAUAUCCAUUGCCAAUGCUACAAGAUCAUGUAACUAGCAGAUACUACAACCUGGCUAAUGUAUGGCCUUUAAUUAAUACAAAUGAAGGUCAACUAUCAAACAAAGAGAAGAAGGGGGUGGGGGAAUGGAUGACAUAGUUGUCGGUACAAAGGAAAAAUGAAAUGUAUGUUGUCAACAACUACUCUAACUAAAGCUCAUGGUAGGCAAACUUUGCCUGCAGCCUUCUGCUAGCAAAACUAAGUGUCCUGUUCAUGUUACUUGAAAAAGCCCUCAAAGUAAGACUAUUCUCACAUCUACCUGAAUCUUCACUAUCUUAAACAAAUUCAACCUCAGAAAUAAAAUUUUCAUUAGCUUUCAUAGCUCAGUUGGUUAGAGCACCCGUUUAGUAAGCGGGAGGUCUUGAGUUCAACUCUCAAUGAAAGCAAAUGUAUUCAUUUUUUCCUUUGUUUUAUUUUCCUUUUGAGACUCCAAAUCAUUCAAUGAAGUGAAAACUGAAAACAAACCUGGAGAGGGUUGUAAGGAGAAGGAGCAUCUGAGCCAUACAAAUCCCACUGUCCAGUAGUGUUCCCCAAAUCCUCCAAAUCAAAAUACACACUCUUGUCACCGUACUUUGCCACCACACCACCACUCCUGGAAGUUUUGGCUCUGAAGCUCUGGCGAGAAGGCUUCACAUGGAGCUUGGUUCCACAGAUGGAGCUGCCUCCGAGUCCCUUGACGCUGGCGGCUGCUGGUUGCACGGCAGCAAACGUUGCUAGAGAAGCCAUUGCUUUUCUUGCUUUGCUCUUUUUUUGUUCUCUUCUCUUCUUUCCCGUUUUGAGGUUCAGUUCGCUUUAUGAACGGGUGGGCGAUUUUAUGUUUUGGCCAAGGAUCAGAGAUGGACACGUGGCACAAUGGGUUUUCGUCAGAGAGAUUUUGGGUUCUCAUUCUCGUGGCUACUGCGUGGAUAAGGCUAUCCAUUUG